CAGAAAAGAUUAUCAACCACGGAUACAUAUAUUCACUGACUAAUACAGGAAUGACUAUAUUUCGUUUCAUUUCUUUUUGCAUAUUUCAGGAACGUGAACUGGAAGCUGUUUAUAUGAUACUCUUAUCUAGUCAAACAACGAUUCUAAUGAAGAGUCUUUCAUUGGAUAUCUUGAACACGCCAGUUAUUCAAAAUUGUGGUUCUGAUGUUGUUCAGACAAAGCCGUUCGGUCAAUUGUUCUAUCGGAUUCUUAUUUCUUUGGCCGAGUUCCCGAAAUGGAAAGAUCUAAUAUUUUAUGCACUGGAAACAAACAAAGAAGGCGUUAGCAAGUUCUAUCCAACUGGGAAAUUCGGUGACAAUGAAAAUGCUGUAUUGAAUGAUCGUGCAAGAUUUGUUUCAAAGCAAAGCCUGUUGAGUGGAUUAUUUCCAAAUGUCUUUCGUACAUUUCAAAAGCAGACACUCAAUGUAUCAACAGUAAUAGUGAGUUAA